GAAACUAAAGGCACACAGAGUGGGUGUGUGCUUGUCUGAGCUAUUGAGAUAGACACACAGCAUGUAGAUAGCAGGGCAGGCACACAGGUUUAGUCAAAAGAAUUGAGACAAAACUUAAGGAAGAGGCAUGUUGCGUAAUGAUCAGUACACCCAGAUUAAUAGUUAAAGGGGAACUCCGCAGAACUGCUGCAAGCUCAAGGCGGAUUUUCAAGAAAUUGGAAGGAAAUAAAGGCAUUAGCAGCUGUUUGCAAGCAUCAGCGUUAGCUAGACAGCAGUAAAGGAAGGAGAGGGAGCAGGCAGCAGAGACGGAGGGCAGGGACAGAGAACAGAGACAGAGGAGAGGCUGCUUUCGUUCAGUGUGUUACUGAUCUUACUGAAGGCUUCCUGAGUCAGCAGCAUGGGAAAGUCAGCCUCGAAGCAGUUUGCUGAGGAGGUGCUUCAGUACCAUAAUGAGUUCAGGAGAAGGCACCAGGCUCCUCCGCUGAAGCUGAGCAACAAGCUGAGCAGGGAGGCCAGCCGUUAUGCUGAAAGUCUGGCCAGCACACGCAUCCUGAAGCACAGCGUGGAGUCCAGUAGAGGGAGCUGUGGAGAGAACCUUGCAUGGGCCUCAUAUGACCAAUCAGGGAAGGAUGUGGCCGACCGCUGGUAUGAUGAGGUGAAACAGUACAACUUCAACCGCCCUGGAUUCUCCUCUGGCACUGGCCAUUUCACAGCAAUGGUGUGGAAGAGUACCAAGAAGCUGGGUGUUGGUAAGGCCACUGCAUCAGAUGGUUCUUCCUUCGUGGUGGCGAGAUACUUCCCAGCUGGGAAUAUCACAAACCAGGGACACUUUGAGAACAACGUCCUGCCCAUUAAAACCUAGAGAUGUCUCGAUCAGCAACACUUGACUCAAGCCGCGAGGCAUUAAUUUUUUAUUUUAUUUUCAAGGAGGUAUCUGCCUGCACUGCUAUAGGGGAUACUCAGGAGAGCACCACUUCUUGCCUAAUAAAGAACCAUACUACUAUCUUGAAUGGACUUUAUAAAAUGGAAUUCACUCAGGCUUCAAGUUCGAUGUUUUUCAUUUGAAAAUGGAUCUGUGUAUGUAAAGAAUGAAAGAAGCACUAUUGUUUGACAUUGCUAACAAAACAUUUCCAGUGACCAUUUGGAUUGUAUAAUAAUUUACAUUGCCUUUGAGAGUAUUUCAUUCAUUAAUGCCAGCGCUUUAAUUUCACACACUGAAAUGCAGCAUAGCCUCGGCUCUGUAUUUGCGUAAGAAUGGGAGCUACAUCAGUGAAAAGAGACAGGCUUCACACAUUAACAUGUGGAGUCGUAUCGCUUAGUAAUUUAAAACGGAUGACUCAACGUGUCUGGUAUGAGUUCGUGUUAUUGCCGCCAUUUGUCAAAGCCGAGCCCUGGGGUCCCAAGUGUGUGUUUUCUACUCUAAUCAUUUUUUUUUUUUACAAUAAAGUUAGUCAGAAAUGCAUCUGGCAUCUGUUUUUUGCAUGCAUGUGUCAUCUGUAUGGUGUGACAUUUUCAGUGGGUGAGAAACACAAGUAAAUGAGAGUUUGAUUUCAUAAUGAUGCAUCUGCUUUUUUAAUAAAAUGUGUUGUGAAUCUGAGUAUUACAAAGUGCAACUCUUUGGAGUAUAGUUAAUAUAGGAAUCUGUUUGGCAAUGUAAGCAGUUGUAUAUGUAAACAUUUAUUUUCUAUUUUUAUUUCUUUCAAAGUUGGUAUUCAAGGUCUGAAUCCAUUUUAGACUUGCAUAAAUCUUCUGGUCCAAAAAGCAAUUUAGAACUGCAAAGUAUUUCAUUAAUAUCUGCAGACAGCCUCUGCUCCUCAGG